GCGCUGUGGGAAAAUCGACGACGACGAGUUUAACAAAGCAAAUCGUCGGGGAUUGCAAUAUACGACGACUCACAUUGGUUGGCUUGUCUUUUCAUAAACUGGCGGGCUCUCUGGGCGCCCGUGAUUUCCGUUGAUUAUCGGUUGCUUCCUGCAGUGCGCUGCUCCAGCCUCGACGUCCAUCUGACCACAAACCCAUCACGCUCGUUCACCCGACCCCGACGUCCUCGAUGCACAAGAUAUCAAACUUCACCGGCCAAGCACGCCAUGGUUGGGACAAGAUGACGCCUGCAAUGGGUUUCGGCCGUCCUCACCACCAGGACAUGUCCAUCCCUCCGCAAAACAUCAAGCGAAACAUGGCCAGCCAGCAUGUCAUGCAGCCGAAUCCACAAGUCCCCGGCCACCUCGUCAACCUGUCGUUCAACAUACCCUUCGCUUCGAAUCUCUCAGGCCCUGACCCCGACUCUGUCAUAUACGCCAGCCCUGGAGCUUACGCGCGCUGGACGCAUCCCCAAGCCACGAAUCCCGACUCUCCGCCGCCGAACCACGACCUCCCCGUCCACGCCCGCAAUGUCGAGAACCUCAAGUCGCUGUGCAAGGUCAUCACCGAGGCCAGCGGUGCCCAGAUCCAGGCCCAUGUCACGUCAGCUCAGCCCAAGCCUGUCCCCGGCAUGCAGCGAGGUCCCCUGAACACCCUGGUCACAAACGUCUGCCUCUCUGGCGACUCGGAGCUAGUCUACAAGAUGCGGGCAAAGAUAUUGAACGAGACUCCCAUCACCUUGCGUUCCGCUACCGUCGACGUGGACUCGACUCUCAUUAUGGUGCCCAACACCGAGGGUGUGCGUACUGAUGUCCUCCGCCACAUGGACGACAUUUCCGACCGUACCAAAGCCGACAUCUUCCUGCUGAACCCUCGCCCCCUCGACGUUGACUCGGCCAGUAUCCACGGUGCCAUGGACAGUUUGGUCGAGAACAGAUUGCGUCUCAUGAUUUUUGGUGACAUGGAGUGCUGCGAGCAUGCAAAGACUAGAAUUCUGAUCAUGAUCGAUCAAAUCCUCAUGCGACAAGUCGAUACGAUCAAGCUCGAGCUUUCCCUCCACACCCUCAUCUGUGGCCGACAUCGCCGCAACAUCAAGCUCAUUGAAUCGGCCACCGGUACCGCCAUUUACUUCCCGCCCCUGUUUCCUGGCAUCUUCGGUUAUAGCCCCGCAGGCUCAUAUCCCCGCGCCAGAGACGAGAUUAUCAUCACAGGCGAGAGCCAAGAGAAUAUCAUGCAAGCCAAGAGACGCCUUCAGGAUCUAGUCCUGACGACAAAGACUUUUGUCAAGGACGUGGCCAUCACAACCAGCAAAGUCGACUACAUUCUGCUCGAGCGCCUCGACAAGAUCCGCAAGAUUGUCGAGCAAAACGGCUCAUAUGUCCUCUUGCCCCCGCUAGGCAAUCACAGUGGUCUCUUGCGCGUACAAGCCACUGAUAUUCUCAACGUCGAGCGUACUGUGCGCGACAUCAUGUCUUUGGCCGGUCAAUUCUACAGCGCCUCUUGGUGGUUGACACAGCUAGACCCCAUGCAAAGACAGCCCAAUCCCUCCGACAUCCGUGCCAUGUUGCCCGACAUCUGCAUCAACUCCGGCGCCGAGAUCAACUUUGAGAAACUAAACUUCCACAUCAAUGGAAGUGACGACUCUGUCAAAGCCGCUAUGACCAUCAUCAACUCGCUACCGUUUGUAAAGAAGGCCAACUCGACUCUGCGGGUCAAGGUUGAGCUUGCCAACGAACACAAAGAAUUCGUGAGCGGAAAGAAGAAUGGCAAGAUCAACAAAAUCAUGAGUCAAAGCAACGUCCAGAUUGUCUUCGACGGUUUCAAUGAGUACAACUUCUACAUCGACGUUCGUGGCGCCCAGUAUGAAGCUACCAAAAACGGACUUGACCUUGUCGAGCUCGAGAUGCCUGCCUCUAUCUCAUUCCAUGUCCCCGACCAAUAUCAUAAGCGGAUUAUUGGUAUCGGAGGCCAACACAUCCAGCGCAUCAUGAAGAAGUACUCUGUUUUCGUCAAAUUCUCGAAUGCAAUGGAUCGUGGCGGCAUUGGCAAAGACGACGAUGAUGUCAAAGUCGACAAUGUCAUUUGCCGUACCCCUGCGCGAAAUGCUGACAACCUUGAACUCGUCAAGCAGGAGAUCAUGGACAUGGUUGAGAAGGUCGAUGCCGAGUACGUCUCAGAACAAGUCAUUGUCGACAGACUUUACCACCGCGAGCUGGUCGCUCGUAUGCCCGAAAUUGAGGAGCUCGAGAAAAAGUGGAAUUGUAAGAUCACUUUCCCCGGCACCGAGCAGGCUAGCGACAUCAUCACUGUGUCUGGUCCCGAAUACCAGGUCCCGCAAGCAGUUGACGAGUUCUUGGGUAUGGUUCCCGAAAGCCACGACAUCUCCUUUCCUAGCACUGUCGAGCUUCGUAACUUCCUAAACUCUGCAGAGUUCCAUGACGAUGUUUUGCAGAAACUCAAAGACCAAUACGUUGUUGAGGUCAUUGUCCAGCAGCCCAAGCUCGAAAGGAUUGGCGAUGACGAUGUCGAGGCUGAGAAUCUCCUUCUAACUUAUACUCGCAACAAUGCCGGUGGGUUGAAGGAUGCCAUAGACUUCCUGGUCCUUGGACUGGUUUCUCAUGGGUUGAAUGCAAGCACCGUCAAGGGUGCGAUUCCCCGACCCAAGUCCGAUUCUUUCGAAGACUCGAUGCCAUACUUCGACUCAAAGCUACUGCAACGCGCCGAGCCGCCCGUCGUGGCCGAAUCUCCCACGCGCACUCACUUUGGCAGUGGGGAAAGUAACGAAGGUCAUCGGUCAAUCUUCGAUAGACUCAGGAAGCCGGGUAGUAUGUCUUCCUCUCUCUCGUCUUUCCUCGACAGGCGCAAGAACAGUUCCAACUCCCCUGCCUCAUCCUUGUUCAAGCACGCCUCGAACAAUGCAUCCAAGGCCUCGCUGCAAAGCCUGGAAUCGCGAGAGUCGGGCUAUCGCAAUCCUUGGAAUGACAACGGUCCCGAAGUCGAGCCCGAUAGCGCCAACAAUCAGGCGAACGGCGGGUGGGCCACUCUGGCUGCGGCAGGCAGCAGGCCAGCUACUUCUUCGGCAUCGCUUACUUCGUCGACACCUUAUGAAAGCAAAUUUCCUUUUGGCGCUGGGCGUAAUGGCUCUACGACUUCGCUUAACACCACUUUGAUACCCGGGCUAGGCGGCGAUGUCGCCUCCAACGCUCACUACCAUGCCAACGCCAAUCGGUCGGCCUCGAUCUCCGUCGAGGUCGUGAAUGCCAAUAGCGGCAAUACGUCCGCAUCGUCAUCGUCAUCAACACAUGGCCCGGUUGGCUCGCGUCCUUCGAGUUCUGCUGCUCCUAUUGCACCUGCUUCUGGAUACCCGGCUCCUAUUGGGCCUCCGCAAUGAUUUUGAUUUGAUUCUACAGACUACGUAUGUCUUUUCCAAUCCCAGGGAGAAGGUGGAGUUCAUGCGAUCAUUCCUUUCUCGCCCCCUGGAGUUUUCUGUUCUCUUCUCGCGUCUGCUUUUUUCCUCGCAAAUGAUAUCCGACCGCCUGACGUUCCCUAUUUUGCUUUUUAUCUUUACCGGCAUCAUUUUUUGUUGAGAUUACAUUGUUACAUAUACCACCCAGUUAUGUUUCAUCUCCCGUCUCUUCCCUCAUCAAUUCUUUUGCCGUUUUAUGGUCAACGCUGUUAUCCUUGACUUUUUGUUUUUGUUUUCGCCCGCACUGUUCUGCUGUUUCAGCCUCUUUUCUAAAAGAAAAUACCCCUGUUCGAAGACUUAGCCUUGAUUUUUGUUAGUCCAUUGUUUACGCCAGCUUUAUAUACCAACCACUCGACUCCUUUUUAUCAAAAGUCGUCUUUUUUUUACACAA